CACUUGCAUUUGUUUACGUUCCGGUCACGAUGUGUAGGCAACUGCAAAUAUAACAACAUUCUUAACAUCCUAAGCAAGGAAAACAUUAGUGAAGAAAUCUCAAAUUUAUUAUGAGAGGUUGGUGACACAACUUCUGUCUAAGUUGUUAAGUAGAAAUCCAGUCAUACAUAAUAUUUUUGAAGUCAAAGAUGGUGUACUGUUAACCUCUGAUCAAUGGCCGCGAAAUACUCGCGACUGCCCACCGAGGACAGCGUGAGUCUGGACUUCUCUUCUCCAUUUACCUACGGUGUUAGUGACCAUUCAACCAUGGACAACUCGUACUACACCUACGGAAACACCUCGAAAAACAAAUACCGUUCACAUUACACAUACGAUGGGCAAACUGAUGAUACCAGGGAUGCAAGAAUACAAGUGGAGAAACGGUCACUGAUGUCAAAUGUCUGUCAUUAUUUCGUGAUUGCCCUGAGUUUCCUACUAUUAAUCAUCACCUUUCCUAUUUCGGGAUGGUUCUCUUUCAAGAAAGUGACAGAAUUUGAGCGAAUGGUAGUGUUAAGACUUGGACGUCUAUAUGGAGUCAAAGGACCAGGAACGGCAUUUGUGCUGCCCCUUGUAGACCAGGUUGUGAAGGUAGACAUCCGUGUGAAAGCUUUCAACGUCCCUCCUCAACAGUUGAUAACCGCUGACCGGGCCAUCAUUGAGGUAGGAGCGGAUGUCCAGUAUCAGAUCAUUGAUGUGACUAAAUCAAUUACUUGUAUAGAGAAUCCCAUUCACUGUCUGAGGGGGCUGGUCAAGGCCUCGCUCACAAAUCAUCUGCUGCGCAAGGAGAGUGCGGUCAUUGAGAAACAAAAGUUACUGAUCAUUGCCAGUAUUGAGGAGGACAGUAACAGAACAGCCAGUAACUGGGGACUGGAGAUUACCAGAAUACAACUGCCACCCAUCAAGCUACUGAAGCCUCCCGAGGCAGCCCCUAAGGGCGGGGCCCCCAACUUUAUGAUGCCCCCCGGACUCCCUCAGACAUUCCAACAACUAACCUCGGUGUUCAUGCAGGCAGCUGAAGCCAAUCAGAGCCAUGGAGCUGAAGGUCAGACUGUUGACAUGGCACAGCCAGAGGUCGUCACUAUAGUACCCUCCGAGGAUGGAGCUGUGGGGAGCAGUGACAUAUUGUCAGAACAAGCUCCUACCCCGCGAGAAAUUCUCCUCCAGACCAACAGUCUCCUCACUGAGGCUAUGGUCAGGAGUGUCAGGGCCGUGUACCAGUUUAAGCUCAGUGGAGAAAAUGGUGGCUCGUUUUACCUGGAUCUGAAAAAUGGAAGUGGUCACGCUGGUGAGGGAGCGCCCCCUGGUGGUGAUGCUGAUGCUGUUUUGUCGCUUUCUGUGAACGAUAUGCAGCGCAUGUUUAUGGACAAAUUCAAACCAAUGCAGGCCUAUAUGAGUGGACGAUUAAAAGUGUCGGGGGAUUUAUCAGCUGCUCUGAAGCUGGAGGAUGUUAUAAAACAAAUUGUCAAAAAGAUGAAAGGUACACAAUCCGGAGUCCAAAUCGUUUAAUGAACAAAAUAUUAUAAAAAAUGGCCAUAUAGCAUACUUAUUACAUGCAUAAUGUUCAAAUACUUUUUUUUUUGAUAUUCAAAAUUAUACUUAUAUAAACGAAUCAUUAUCUCCUAGGUGUCAAAUACUUUGCAAUAUUUACACUCAAUCAAUAGCCUAAGGUCCUGCAAACUGGAGUUCUCAUCUCAUAACAUGGCCAUAGAACGUGACAGGUUUCUGUGAUGUUGACGACAAAACAAGUGGGCGGGGCGCUAUGCAAAUUUUCUACAAAUGAGACACAAUUAUGUGAUGUCAACAACAGUAGAUCUGGGCGGAGUUAACCAAGGCGUAUGCAAAUUUCAGGCUGUUAUUUUUAUUGAACUGAUCACACUUUAAUAAAUAUUUAAAAUGAAAUUUGUGUCCCCUGAUUCAACUAAUGAAUAAAACAGUUCACAGAAGUAGUGUAAAUACAAAGGAAAGUGUUCUAUUUUGGUCAGGUUAUGAUCCUGAGUAGGUGAUAACUGGAGUUGAGCACGAGUAUAUUUAUCACAGAUGACUUUGCCAUCUACUCAACUUACACAUGCUUAACUGGAACACCUCAUAACUUGACACAAAUAUAAAGCUAUGCCUUAAAUAUAUUUAUUUUUGUUCUCAGCAGAGAGAAAAAAAGUCAUCAUAUAAAAUUUACGAUGGUGUAAUGAACACAACAGCAUAUUGUAAAUACACAUAUCUGUAGUAAGUAAAGGUACUUGCUAAAUCUCCCCACCUUGGAAGGAGAUACUUUUAAACUCUCAGAUUUUACUUUUGAAAUCAGCAGAAUUGUCUACAUCUCAUUCUUUGUACAAAUUAAUUUAAUUCAUCGCAGAAAACAGUCUUGAACUAUUUUUUCGUCAAAUAAGUACUUAUUAGAUAUCUAAAUUUUGUCAUGCUGUUCUUCCUCUGUAAAUACUUUUAGAAAUGUCAGCAAGUAAUGUACAUACUUACAUGGUACAUUAGAUAAUAUAUAUUUGUAAUAUGUAUAUGCAAAUUAUUUUGAAAAAAAUGUAAGAAAAGAAUUGUGAAUGACUGCUAUGUUUGGUGUAACAUGUAAUAAGUGUGUUUUAAGUAUCAGUCUAUGUCCAAAGUGUGAGAUACUUGGUACACCUAAAUAAUAUAUAAUAUGCUGUCACUCUUCACUGACCUAGUUUGUUAGUAUACAUUCUGCUUUAUAUCAGUACAAUGAUAAGAGGUAGAUAGCAAAGAUGGUGUAUUUUCUAGAUUUCUUGUUGUGUAAGGAGCUCUCUAUAGUUCUUGUUUUGUCCAUAAGUGAUAGGAUUUGCCUACUUCAUAGAAAUGCACAGUUUUAAUAUACAAUGUACAUGUAGAUUACAUUUAGAUAGGGUCCUUUAUCUAUGUUGUUAAUCGUUUGUGCUUAAUUCACAUCCUGGAUACUUCAGGGGUUACGCUCACUUAUCAUAUAUUCUCGGCACUCCUGGAAUAUGUCAUAGCAAAUUGAAGGCAUGUG